UGAGUCUUAUACGGUUGAUGUUGGCCAUCGCCGAGGCAAAGCGUCGCGAAGCCAAAAAGAAGUGCGGAACACAGUCAUCUUUGCUUCAACAAACUAUAUAGACUUUGAAAGCAACAGUCGUAUUUAGUCCAACUGCUAUACCACCGAACGGGCCGUUUUAUUCGGAUAGUUUGCCCAACACAAUUGUGUCUAUUUCAGUUUCGUUGAAUCGGGCAACUAUCGGAUGUUGUGAAAAACAAUAGUGUGACAUCUUGUAAAUAGUUUAAAAAAACAUCAGCAAUAAUUUAAAAAAAAUGAAAGGCCAAUCGUUGAUGAUUUUAUUGGCUAUUUAUGCGAUGUUUAUGGUGUCGCGAAUCGACGCUCAACGGACGUCCACAAUCACCAGAACGACCACAACUGUAACGACGGUUUCCGUCACUAUCCUCAAAAGCGUUGUUUGCGCUAAAUUGGUGAACGUCUCGGGCGUGUGUCGACGUCGCCGAGGAUUGCCGAUCGACGAGCCCGUUAUUCUCACAUUCGAUGAUGAAUUAGAAGACUCUGUCGAUCAGGCCUUUCAUCACGUCCUUCAUCCAAAUCAAUUCCUUCCAACCAGAACCCUCGGAGUUGAAGUGACACCGUUGGUCUUGCUGCCCGUCCAAACGACUGUGCAUUCACUACCGGGAGGUUACAGCUCGCCCAGCACCGUGGGCGUUGUGCGGUCGUCCAUCGUUGGCGAACGAGCCAGAAAUUCAGGCCGCAAUAAGUUGAUGAGUUCGCAAUCAGAUGAAGGAGGCCGUCCGGAGCAGAAGAUUUACUUCGCGCAGCUGGGACAGUUGAUUAGUUCGAUCGCCAAUCAGCUAAGACCUCCCGUUUUGACAACAACAACAAUCACCAGGACGAAUACACGGACCACAACGACGACCACGUUCACCACUGCGAGUUUCUUCGUCAUGAGCUGCACGCCGAGUCCGUUUCCGUUUCUUGUUUGCCCAGCUAAACGUUUUCACGCCGAUUAACGAUGUGAUCCACACAUUAAUUUUAAUGCAGGUCAUUUAAAAAAAAAAAGAAAUGAAACGAGGUUUUAAUUGAAUUUUCAAAGCAAAUCCAAUUUCGAGUAUAUAAAGUUACACCCAUAUAGUUUCUGUUGGACUAUUCAUGUAAUAAGUAUCAAAAAUAUUGAUGUAACGGAAGCUCAAAGAGAGACAGUGGAUGUGCUGCAUCGUUUUUCUAUCUCUCUGGUCCAUAAUCAAAUGUCUUCAAUUAUUUAUUCGUUAUUUAUUGUUUGUGCCAGUGAGCAGAUGAUGUUUGUUCUCGCAUCCCACGAGCCCCAUUGAAUUAUUUAUCGGCACGAAAGAGAGAGAGGAAAAGAUCAAUUCUAUUAUAUAAUUGAUUUACCACCUAUUUAUUUCGUAUAGUUUUCUUAUAUGGCACCAUUUCUAUAUAUGCAAUCGAAUACACUGAACGAGGAAGGCGUCUGGCACGCCAUCUUAAUAUUCACACUU